CCUGAAGACUGGGCCCCUUUUGAAUGACAGCGCUUGGGAAAGAAUACGAAUGUUUGUCUAAUUUUCCGCAGCUACAGCGUCGAUGAGCAGCAGUCGAAGAACUCCAUUCUAACUGAAUGGAUUGGCAUGGGGAGAAGCGGACCUCAAAACUUGGCUAAGCGGCAGCUUUGGAACUGUAUUACUUUUACGAUGGUUUUACUUUCGCUGCUGCUCCGACCAGGUAAGUCAACAUAUCAUGACAUGUAUGUUAUCCUGUGUGCAUGCAAAACCUUUUUCCCGCACCCCGAAUCGAUGAUGGAAUACUUUCUUGGCUGUGCGAGACUAGUUCACAAAAACACUCACUCUUUCUGGAAUAGUUAUGACAUAAAACAUGGGAGUGUAUUUAGUUUACACUGUAUAUUUCUGUUAAGUUGGAGUUGUAGUCAAACACUUGUUGGUUAGAAGUUACGUCGGUAAUCAGCAAGCUAGCAUGCUGUGUGCCUAAAACGGGCAGCUAGCGGCUAGCUAAACUACACGAGCUACUUUGGGCAAACUUUUCGUUAGUUAACAACUAUCUAGCUAUUUUCGCUAAAUGCAUCAUGUCGAACAGUCAUUUAUUUUUUUCACGGUUGAAGCCAACCAUAGACCUAAUGAUACUGUAUUCACACACGAAGUCUAAAAUAAAGUUUGUACUUGUAGAAGUUGGCGAAAUAAGAAAAUUAGCAUUUAGCUUGCUAGCCUUUACACGUCGCGUUCGCAAAUUGUAUUCGAAAAUGUUGUUUGUAAAGGAGCAACAAAUGGCUAACACGUUUUAACAUAGUUAGCUUGCUAACUGUUAAUGCUGUGGUUAGUUUUACCUUGUAAAAUUAAAUGUACGACGGUGUUUUAAGUUCAUGCUUCAUUUGUUAUUGCAAUGCAUUGGUCAGACUUUUCGGCCUCUGAACGUGUCCAUCGUAACUUAAAAAAACUUCGGCCCUAGCUUUGUAUGCAUGUGCGAUACGAAACAAAUUGUAUAAGUGUGGUGAUUUUAUGUGUUUCUUUGAAAACGUACGUAAUAGCUAGCAAACGUUACACACGUUUCAGUCACAAGAGCUGUAAGAGAAAUAAAUGGGGAUUUGGGACGUGAAUGUGUUUUUGGUCCAAUCGUUUCGUGAUAUGUUGUAAACUUUUGAUAAUUUUCACCAUAGGUCAUUAGAUAAACUUGGGCGCUAUAAAUUCCAGUAAAGGGAAUUGCAAAACAGUAUCCUAUAACUUAGUAUUGUUAGUGAUAGUUGAAUCAUUUUCAAUUCUUACUUCCCCAUAAUGUGGUAGACUACUGAGACAUGGUUAUUAUUGUGCAUUUUGGUUGGUGUAUUCAUGUACAUAGCAGGAUGCGUAAGAUACAUCUUAUUAUACUGGGUAUGCCAUGUUUGCCUUGUUUACAUUCUAAAGCCACCCUCAAUUCCACAGAUUAGUUAAUCUUAUUUUGUUGCCCUUAAAUUGUUCACAUUUUAGUCAUUUUAUCUUAUCCAGAGCGACUUACAGUUAGUGAGUGCAUACAUUUUUUUCUUCUUCUUCAUACUUGCCCCCUGUGGGAAUCGAACCCACAACCCUGGCGUUGCAAGCGCCAUGCUCUACCAACUGAGCUACACGGGGCCCACACACACCUAUUGAAAUAUUUUGUUCGCUAUGCAAAUUUGUCCUAUUCUCCUCUUAAUCCUUUCCCAUUUUCUCUCAUUGCCUCUUGUCAAAGGCUGACCAUAAAGCGUCUUUAAAGAUGGACAUGGUUGUUGAUUGCGCUAUAGGCUGUGAUUGUCAAAUGGACAAUAUUCAAAGCAGAGUUCGGUGACCUCCCUGCAAGCACUGGGAUCAUUGGCGGAAUUCAGAGGAGGGAUGUAGAAUGCUUCUAAGUUGACAUCUCACACAUCUGUUUUGAACAGUUGCCAAGGCCCAUGUAGGGCAUUAGUCACUAGAAAAUAUAUUCAAACAGUUUGCAACCAAUUAUCUUUCCCCACUGUCUGUAGAAAAUAUGGCAAGAUUUGUAUUAUUGCAAGCUCAUCAUGCCUUUUGGGAUUAAAACAGUCUGGAAGGCUAGUGUUUAUUAUCCGAUCUUCUGUCAAUGUGAAUAUGAUAAUUUAUAGUUCUGUUUUUAGUCUUGUUCAGGCUGUAUUAUUAAAGUGUGCAAUGUAUGUGACAUCUUGUGACACUUGCACAGGUGAGAGGCAAUAAAUUAAUGUCAUGUAAAUGCACCUGUCAUCUAGAGCCUCAAGAUAAGCCUAUAGGCUUCUCAAAAAGGUGAAUACGUAAUCUCCUUGUUACCCCAAAACAUAGUUACUGCCAGAUACAGUGCUGAGUAAUAACUUAACACAGGAAGUGCCGAAUUUAUACAAUCCUGACUGGGUCUUACAUCCUUGCCUUCGGCCAGCUGUUAGUUACUCUGUCGCUGAACAAACACUGCUCUUUGUGCGGUUCCUCUUGGGUCUGAAGUCAAUCUCUUAUACAGUGGGCAUGUGCGCCUUUAUUGCGCCUCCUAUUGGCCCAGCAAAAGCCAAACCACAUUCAUCACCCUUAAGCAAACUACAUAGAUUGGCUUCCUCCAGCAGUGAAGCACUGUUAUUUCUAUGACAGAGAGUUGGGGGCAAAUAAGUUUUGACUGACUUUGCUCUGAGACAGAGUAUGGUAACAUGCCCCUGUGGGCUGGCUGGCGCAUUUGGGUUUUAAAUAGCAUUUUUUUUUUUUUACAUAAACUCGAUAGGUGGAAAAGUUUAGCUGUCCUGCUGCACAUAGCUAGGUUGUACAGCUGAUGUGUUAAAACUCAGAAAAUUCAUUAUAACAAAGUUAUUAGGCAGUGAAUAGACUAGCCUGAUAACUGUGAUUUCUAUUGGAAACUUUAUUUUUAUAUAUGGUCAUUAGAGGAGUGUUAAGUAGUUUUUGCAUCCUCAAUUUCUCAUUCUUACGAAGAGUUGAGACAAACGCAUUUAUAUACACCACCAUGAACUAGGCCUAGCUAGGUCUCGGCUUUGGUGUACACAUUAAUGGUUCAUUAUCUAAAUAAAUGACUUUCCUCCCAUUUUGUUUCUGAUCACCUGUUGUAGGCGAUGAUAACCACGUAACACCUGUCCCCUGUUUCCUCCCCCCUACAGCACACUGCCAGCAGUGCCGGAUCCAGCGCUGCAAUGCGGAGUACGUGGCCUCUACCUCGCCCUCUAGUGGUCUCCAGGAAGACUCCCCGUCCGAUGUGGACUACUGCAUUGCCUUGCGUGCCUACGCCCUGUGUACCCGUCGCACGGCGCGCAGCUGCAGGGGUGACCUGGUCUACCACUCGGCUGUGUUCCGUAUCAAGGAGCUCUUCACCCAGCACAACUGCUCCAGCGACGGGCCCACCUCCUCUGCCAAGGCCCAUAGCACCUCCAGGCCAGUUGUGUCCGAGCUGUGCGACUACGAGAGCCGCGUGCUGGCCUCGGGCCCUGCCGGCCAGGGAAAGAAGUAUGCCCACUGUGGAUUAUUUGGGGACCCGCACCUGCGGACGUUCCGCGACGAGUUCCAGACUUGCAAGGUGGAGGGGGCGUGGCCUCUCAUCGAUAACCGCUACCUGUCGGUGCAGGUGACCAAUGUGGCUGUUGUCCUGGGCUCCAGCGCCACCGCCACCAGCAAGGUAGGCCAAGUCAUGGGUUCACCUAUGGCGAUUUUGCUGUCAGUAAGACACAGGGCCCAAUCAUAACAAUGAUACCUGAACUGUAUGUCAUACAUUGAAUUCAAAAGGAGACUGACACAAUGGUUCAAGAUAUACAAAUAUAUCUCAAGUUAGGAUCUGUCUCCACUGCCCCCAGCGACUUUACCUCUUUCAUUCCUCUUCCAGACACCAAGGGAGAGAGGGCCAUUUAGUGGUGUUGGAUCACGGACAUGCUUGAGCGCUCUACCUUUAACACAUGGGUGGUCAGUCAUAUGGUAGUGAUUAACGCUUGCCCCAACAUUUUCCUCUCCCACAAUUGUAUAACUUUUUUUUCUCCCCUCUAGUCAAAUAAUGGACAGAUAUUUUUGUUGAAAUAUGGAAUAGUUGGAUAGAAACCGCAUAUUUUCGAUUCUACUGAUUUGAGUUUGGCUUAUCUUAAUAGCAUCUGAUCCCUGAAGUCAGAAUUUAAACCUGGUUCUUCAUAUUGAAGGCCACACUUGGAGCUUGACUUAUUACAUUUGUAGAUAUGCACUGGAUGAAUACAACACUUGGUAGACACUAGAAAGUAGGCCUACUAUAAAUUUAGACUAGGCUACUGUGCCACAUUUGCUUAUUUGCUAAAAUAAUUGGUUUCCAGUAGUGAUAUUUUCAGCUCAUGUAGAAUACAAGCAAAAACACCAAGGAUUGGGUCUUGGACUACCCAGACCUCUGAGAAGACCAAUAGGCGUAGGCCAAAUCAUCUAGGCAUAGGCUAGAUCCGAUAAAAGCCAAAGUGAUACUGAUUGGUCUGCAAGUUUCUUUCAGAUCAGAGUUUGCUGAAAUCCAUGAAACUCAAUGACUUUUGUAAAUAACCUACGCUGGAUUGCGUAUGCGUUCAAAGUAAGCCAAACACUACUAAAGGGAGAACAGAUUUCAGAGCCAAAUAUUUCAAAUGAUUUUUUUGUGCGUAUGGGGGGGGGGGGGGGGGGGGGGGGGGGGGGGGGGGGGGGGGGGGGGGGGGGGGAAUGCAAAGCCAACACCCACAUGCCCCCAAUGUCCACUUGAAUUGGGGCAAUUUAACUGUCAGAGUACAGAAAGGAAAAUCGUUCAUCAAAUAUAGUAUCCCCUUAACUGUAAAGUUAACCAUAGCCACCUCUUUGACAAAGCUUUGAAAAAAUGUCGGCCUAGUACAAAAAAAAUCCAGGCUCGACUCCAGAGUCGUGUCAGAGCUCAGGCACAGUGGCAGUUGUAGUGGAAGGUAUUUCUGAUUUAUGGGCCUAUCAGACAGCUGGGUUUGUUUGAUCCUGCACUCUCUUAAGAAAGAGUAUGGAGCCAUACAUGUGCCCAUGGUUUAUGACAUUUACAAUGAUAUUUGUUUUAGAUGGCACAGAUUAAUGUGGGAACAUUCAUUAGUAGGCCUAGUCGUUUCUUUGGAGCUGAUUAUCUCCAAGUUAGUGGUCCAAGAUAUCACCAAUGUGUUGCUGAUGUUUUCUAGUCCAUAUUUACUUUAAAAUAAGAGUAUAAUGAAUAUUUCUGCUUAUAGUGCUUUCCUUCCAUCACAUUACAGAAAAGCUCUUAUACCUUUUCCAAGAGAAAGACAGGAGUUUGUGUUCUCAAACUUUAAAAUGAGCUAUUCAUGUCAUAAAAAGUUAAGGUCCUGCUGACACAUUGUGGCUCAAAAUGGUACUACACCUGUUGAAGUCCGUUGAAGGCCUCUGAUGGUGUCUGCUGCUUAGUAUUUAGUAAUCAGGGUGUAUGCAGGAUAAUACUUCGACAGCUUUAGCCAUCAGAAAAUAACUAUAAUAACUACGUACUAACCGUUGUCCACCAAACAAUACUACAGAAAGUACGAUUUUCAUAAGUCAAUUUUGAUUUCAAUGGAAUCAUUAAUUGACUUGCCUUUGCUGACAUCUCUUCAUUGUUCUCUUCCAGAUAACUGUGAUCUUCAAGUCGUACCACGGCUGUACAGAGCAGAAGGUGUACCAGGCCACCACCGAGGACCUUCCCUCUGCCUUCCAGGACGGCACUCGGAGUGGCGGGGAGGGGGGCAGUCUGUGGAUCGUAGAAAAGGCUGGCUCCGGGGGCCGCCUGGUGAAGAUCCAGGCCCGCUACAUUGGGACGUCCAUCAUAGUGCGCCGGGUGGGGCGCUACCUUACCUUCGCCAUCCGCAUGCCGGAGGACACCCUUGACUUUUCUGAGGAGAACAGUGGGCUGCAGCUUUGUCUGCACGGGUGCCCGCGCAACGAGCUCAUCAAAGAGCACAUGCUGGGGCGCCAGCCCCUUCACCCCCGCCUCCCGGGCUCCGGGUCUAACCCCGAGCUGGGGCCCCUACUGCCCCCACAUCAGAUCUACACAGUGGAGCGCGCCACAGCCAAGUGCAGGGAGACCCUGCAGGUAGAGGACGUAUACUUCCAGUCCUGUGUGUUUGACUUGCUCACCACAGGGGACCCUGAGUUCUCCAUGGCAGCCUACGGGGCCCUGGAGGAUCUGAAGGCCCUUCCUCCCAGCAAACUGAAGCAGAAUUCUCCCAGGACUCCUCAUGUUCAACAAAACAGAGGGGGUCCACAUACGUUGGCAACAGCAACCCCCAGUCUGGUCACACUUCUGCUACUGGUUCUACUGCUUUUGUAAAGAGAAAAUACGACACAAAAACUAAGUGGAAGUGAUUCCAGCUUGAGGAAAGAGUGCCUGUUUUUUGCAUUUGUGAAUGUUGUGGUUCUUUUCCUGUCACUAAACCAUUUUGUAGGUUUGAGCACUCAAAAAGGAUGCCAGUGCUUCUUGUCCCCCCACACACACUUUGGCUGCCAGCUUCUACCACUUAAUUGAGUCUGAAUGCACGCAAUCAUGUGGGAUCUGUCGGUGGUUAAGUGCGUAAUGCGCUCUCCAUUUUCACUCUUCUUGUAAAUUGGAUUAAGACAGUUACAGGAUGCUUAAAUGGGAAAUUCAUCAUAACAUGGUUGUCUGUACGCCGGAUGUAAGGCAACUUAUCAAAAAUAAUAUUUGUAAAUAUUUCAUUUGUUGGGAAUACAUCACGAUGCACACAACUGUGCCAGAUAUCAUAAUCAGAGAAUGUAUCAGGCUUACAUGAAAAUAGUAUAUUAUAGUGCAGAGACAUCCGUGGAAGGUAAGACAUACCUUUUGUUUCAUCAUUAGGCACUUAACGGUUAACACUCCAAGUUUAGUACCUCAAUGUUGUCAUAUUUACUGAAAAUAUGUUUCUUACAUGGGAUGAUCCAACAACUAAACAAAAAUACUACCUAUCCAAAUAUAUUUGGGUUUUGGUGUAAUAUUCUCAGUACUUUUCACUGCAUCCAAGUGUGAUCACAUUAUCAGUUAGGUGAAACACUCCCUCUUCAAGCUGCUUGGCUUCCAGUUUUUUAAAGGUAAAGAAAAUCUCUAUAUAAUAAUAUAUUGAAAGAGUGUAUAUGUGUUUUAUAUUGUGUACAUUUGCCUGUGUAUAGAUGUUUUACACUUGUGAUUUAGUUAGGUAUUUUUGAAUCCUUGUAAGAAAAGUGAACUAAUGUGUUUUACCUUUAUAAUCUGUAAUUUUCCAUAUUAAAAAGUGUUGGACACCAUUUUCGUUUGUUUAGCAUUUUUGCUUCUUAAGCUUUCAAGAAUUAAUGCUGUCUACAGCACAAGGAUUCAUGAUACUGUAUGUGAGUGGGACCAUGGAGAAUAUUUGCUAGUGUAAAUCUGUCAAUUCUGAGUAAACUGUCAGGCUUCCUAAAAGGUUGCAUUUUGUAUUUAGCGUAGGCCAGUGACUGUUUCUACAUAUACAGUGUCUUCAGAAGUAGUCACACCCCUUGACAUUUGACAUUUCGUUGUUACAGUUAAAAUU